GGAGGAAUCUGAGUCCCCACAGGAGACUUGGUGGGAUCGAAGCCUGGUAGCUGGUUAAGGCCAGCACCCAGCCCAGGGCUGUCAUCCGGGAACGCUUGAUGAGUCAGAGGAGAACACCCAGGGAGCCCAGAUCUCAGAAUACUGGCUCUUCCUCCAUCUUACCUGCUCAGCGCAUGGCAGUCCCAGCAUGUUCCUGGAAAAAGCACAUACGUGAUCAUCUCAAGGGCUAGUGGACUGAUACCCCUGCAGACCCAGCUUCAGAACCCCAGGUUUAAAGGAACCCUGAAGUGAGCCCUUUGCAUCCUGAUGUCCUAUGACCAUGUAGAACUUACGUUCAGUGACAUGAGGAAUGUGCCAGAGGCCUUCAAAGGGACCAAGAAAGGCACCAUCUACCUUACCCCGUACCGAGUCAUCUUUCUGUCCAAGGGGAAGGAUGCCAUGCAGUCCUUCAUGAUGCCGUUUUACCUGAUGAAGGACUGUGAGAUCAAGCAGCCUGUGUUUGGAGCAAACUACAUCAAGGGAACAGUGAAGGCUGAAGCAGGAGGUGGCUGGGAAGGCUCUGCGUCGUACAAGUUGACCUUUAUGGCAGGGGGCGCCAUCGAAUUUGGACAGCGGAUGCUACAGGUGGCAUCUCAAGCCUCCCGAGGUGAAGCCCCCAACGGAGCCUAUGGUUACUCUUACAUGCCCAGCGGGGCCUAUGUCUUCCCCCCACCAGUCGCCAAUGGAAUGUACCCCUGCCCUCCUGGCUACCCCUGCCCACUGCCCCCAGCUGAGUUCUAUCCGGGACCUCCCAUGAUGGACGGGGCCAUGGGGUACAUGCAGCCCCCGCCGCCGCCCUACCCUGGGCCCAUGGAGCCUCCAGUCAGCGGCCCUGAUGUCCCCUCCACUCCUGCAGCUGAAGCCAAGGCCGCGGAAGCAGCCGCCAGCGCCUAUUACAACCCAGGCAACCCACACAAUGUCUACAUGCCCACGAGCCAGCCUCCGCCACCUCCUUACUACCCCCCAGAAGAUAAGAAGACCCAGUAGACCGCUCACACCCGCUCCUCCCCCCUCUCUUUGCUCUUUCCUCCCCUCCCCUCGGGGCUGAGUCUGGGGUCGGGGGCGGGCCUCGUCCUUUCUCCAGGUCUGAUUAUAAAGCAGUCGCCAGGAACUAGCCUUGAGGGGUGCGGGGAGCGGUGCCUCCCAGCUUCCCACGGGAGCCCAGGGCCCACAGCGCUUCCCUCGCACCAUCCCCGGGGGGCGUCCCCCUCUUCCUGUCCUGCUCUCGUAGCUUCUACCCACGGAGGGACUCUCUGGCCACCUCCUCCGCCACAGUCCAGCUCUCUCGUUUUGUAGCCCCUUUAUCCUCACGAGCUUUGCCCUCCCCAGGGACCCCUGCCAGGCCCUACUCACAUUCCAUCCACUCUGGUCUGUGCCUGGCCGUGGAAGGCCACCUGUCUGCCCGACUGUCAGCCUGCAUUCCGUUCCCAGCCAGCCUCAGCCCCGGGCAUGCUUGCCUUCCCUUCCCUGUCCUGGGUCAUCCUGUUGCCACUGCUUUUGACUUUCCGAGCAUUCCCACGAGCCACCAGGGGGUGGUGGCAUCAGGGCCAGGCUGCUGCAGCCGGGGAGGGAGCCCCUCUGCUUCCCUGCUAGUUUUUCUGGAAUUUGUUUCCCUUUGCCUUCUCUCUUUUCCCUCUAGAAGGGGCUUCUUGGACUGGAACUGGAGAAUGCAUGUCCGCUUGGGGGCUGCCGGGAGGGCUGGGAACAGAGCCCUGGGGCCCGGCCUGGCCGCCGACCGUGACCUCUUGCCAGCCCCUUAGCCUGCCCUCUUCCCGUUAAGCUUCCUGCCUGGUUGGUGAUAUGCCCCCUGGGUGCACUAACAUU